AUGAUACCUUGCUCUGAUGAUGUUCGUCAAAUGACGGACGAAAGCUUAGCACCUUUCACCGGAAUCGAAGGAGAUUGCUUUGGAAACAGCGCCAGCAUGAAUCUUCCAGUCAAGCCAAUCAACAGCUGGUCAGGAGGAAUCGGCCGUCGUCUUCUGGUGGAACCGACCUUCGAAUCUCUUCACUCAAUACUUUCACUCGAAUAG